GAGUAAUGGCUCAAUGUUAUGGGUGCGGCAGCGCUUUACACUCUUUAAAAGGACUCUCAGUAAAUCGGGAUGAGAAGAAGCGAGCACAGUAUUUCAUUAAAACCAGAGUUACAGCUGUUUUACAGAAACGCCAAGACAAACAUCGACAAUGAGAGCUUUUGCUGAACUUGUAUACCUGGUGGCGUGCAUAUUUGCUGUGCCUGCGAUGGCAUCUGAAGACGGGACCAAUAAAAGUGGCAGAGGAUUCAUUGGCACACCAGACGAAGAAAACCUAGGAAGCUACAAGGUGGAUGACUUUGCCCAGUAUACUCUUACCAGCAACUUGACCACGGUCUUCUUCCCAAUAGUCUACAUUAUUCUGUUUGUUAUCAGCUUGCCUGCCAAUGGGAUAGCUCUUUGGGUCUUCCUCUUCAGGACCAAAAAUAGACACCCGGCUUCUAUUUACAUGGCAAACAUGGCCCUUGCAGAUCUCUUGUUUGUCAUUUGGAUCCCUUUGAAGAUCGCCUACCACAUCAAUGGGAACAACUGGAUUUAUGGAGAAGGUCUCUGCAAAGUGAUGUUGGGCUUCUUCUAUGGAAACAUGUACUGUUCCAUUCUGUUCAUGACCUGCCUCAGUGUCCAGAGGUACUGGGUCAUUGUCAGCCCAAUGUCCCACCACAGAAAGAACACGCAGAUUGCAGUGUGCAUCUGCAUCACCAUCUGGAUUCUCAUUGCACUGAGCACCAUUCCUCUCUACGUUUCAAACCAAACCCUCAAUAUUACAUACCCCAAAAUAACCACCUGCCACGAUGUCUUGCCCAAAGGGGAUUUGGCUUACAACAUGUUUGGUUACUUUGUUUCCAUGGCUGUCGGUGCUUUUCUCUUCCCAGCUGUGCUGACUGUGACAGCUUACGUUUUAAUGAUCAAGACCCUGACCGCAUCAGUGACUGAUGAGAACAUUGGCAAGAAGCGCAGGAAGGCAAUAAUGCUGAUCAUCACAGUUCUGGUCAUGUAUUUGGUGUGUUUCACCCCCAGCAACAUCAUGCUGGUUGUGCACUACUCUAUUCUCCGAAGGAAUGGUAUCGAUAAAGCCUAUGCAUUCUACAUCACUGCGCUCUGUCUUGCUAGCUUGAACAGCUGCAUUGACCCAUUUAUCUAUUACUUUGUUUCACAAGAUUUCAGAGACCAUGUGAAAAAUACCUUUCUCUGUAGGAGCAACCGGACCGUGGAAAGGAUGCGAGUCUCCUUCAGCUCAAUGAAAUAUUCCAAGAGGAGCAAUACUUACAAUUCAAGUUCAAAUGGAACUGGGACUUCUAACUGUUGAGAAGACAGAUUUCUGCUUGUGCACGGGAUUGUACAUUAUUUUAGGAAGAGCCAACUUCCUCACAUGAUAACAGGAUUAUGAAAAUCUGACUUUUGUUCAAUAAUGCUGUUUUAGCUAGGUUAAAGUGCCAUUAUUCAGUAAAUGUGACCUUUUAAAAACUGUGAAUUAUUAAUAUGGUGACUUGUAUAGUAAGAGGUUAUUAAACCUUUCAUGCAUGAAAUCUUGAAAUGGCGAGAAAAAAAGUAGUUUUGUUUUAUUUAGGGUGGGGGUGGAAUCGUUAUGUGAGGUUAUUGUGCAUAUGUGUCUCCCUUAUGUCCCCAUAUAAAGAGCUUUUAUUUAUUUUAAAUUCAUCCCCAUUUUGAGGUUGCUGAGUAUGAAAGGGUUAAAGCAUAAACCAAACUGAAAUGUCCUGAUAUGCACUGGCACAUUGUUUUUCAAACAUGCUGAAAGAAGGCUAGGGGGCUUUUGACAAAAGAAACAUCUGCACAGAGGGGGAAAAUAAAGGUGCUUUGUGUAGCACACAAUGUUUAGAUGCGGUUGUACUCUGCGUAUACUUUGCCUUUUGAGGUGUUUGUUCUAAAUAAAGGGCUACACCCUCCUUCCUACACUUUUAGAAAGGCUCCAGCUCUCUCAUUGUAAGCAGGUAGACCAAGGAAACACGUUUUUCUGAAAGAUUGCAGGCUCUCAGAUUGCCCGUCAUGACAGCUCUGCAACCUGUAUUUUGAAACAGGAGAGAAAGAGGGGAGAUCCGUAGACUUCAACGCGUGAUACCAACACUGAAACUUUUUGCAGCAAGCAAUUAUAAAGGUAAAAUGAACACUUUUAAAAUAUUUUCCCAAACUGAAAGGAAACCAGUUAAGUGUAUAUGUCACUGUGAACACGCUCACUUGUGAAACAAUCCCUGCUAAGUUAAAACCACCUGCAAGAUCUGUUGGGCAAACUAAUAUCAGUUUUUCAAUAAUGUCAUUCCUAGCAAUCUUGACUUUCUGUACAUUUGGUUGCAUGUAAUACAAAUGCUAGCUGCAUAAAAAUGCCCAUAUCCACAUAAAUAUCACUCUGUAAGACAACCACUCAAUUAAAAAAAAAAAAAAACAAUGCAAGCAUGUACUUUUCACUGGACAAAAGAGGAUUA